AUGAACAACGAGACACCCUCAGAUUCUCACACACGAAUGCGAAGCGAGCAAAUGUCUUGUCUGCUCAACCUCCCCCUGCACCAACACCAUCGCAUGCUCUGUUUCUUCCUCAUGACUACCGGUGGCAUCGACGAGUCUCUACCUCGACCUUCUCCCAGUCGAUUUGGUUCAUCAGAUCACGCGUUGUCACAGGGCUCAUUGGCUGUGAGGGAGCACAUUUUUACAGUCACAGGGCUCAUUGGCUGUGAGGGAGCGCAAAUCUUACAUCGCUGGGCUCGUGGCAGCGACAGCCGUGGUCACGGAAGGUCUGGAGUUCUUGGUUUCGCAGAGCCCAUCCUGCGAGGCACACUUGUUGACGCAGAGCCCAUCCUGCGAAGCACACUUGUUGACGCAGAGCCUAUCCUGCGAGGCAUACUUGUUGACGCAGAGCCCAUCCUGCGAGGAUUGUUGUUCACGCAGACCUAUCCUGCGAAGCACCUUUUUACAUACACAGGGCUCAUUGGCUGUGAGGGAGCGCAAAUCUUACGUCGCUGGGCUCGUGGCAGCGACAGCCGUGGUCACGGAAGCUCUGAAGUCCUUGGUUGCGCAGCUCUUCCCUGCGGAGGUCCUUGUUUUCGCAGCGCUCCCCUGCGGAGGUCCUUGGUUGCGCAGCUCUUCCCUGCGGAGGUCCUUGGUUGCGCAGCGCUCCCCUGCGAAGAUCCUUGGUUGCGCAGCUCUUCCCUGCGGAGGUCCUUGGUUGCGCAGCGCUCCCCUGCGGAGGUCCUUGGUUGCGCAGCGCUCCCCUGCGAAGAUCCUUGGUUGCGCAGCUCUUCCCUGCGGAGGUCCUUGGUUGCGCAGCUCUUCCCUGCGAAGAUCCUUGGUUGCGCAGCUCUUCCCUGCGGAGGUCCUUGGUUGCGCAGCGCUCCCCUGCGGAGGUCCUUGUUUUCGCAGCGCUCCCCUGCGGAGGUCCCUGUUUUCGCAGCGCUCCCCUGCGGAGUUCCUUGUUCUCGCAGUGCUCCCCUGCGGAGUUACUUGUUUUCGCAGCGCUCCCCUGCGGAGUUCCUUGUUUUCGCAGUGCUCCCCUGCGGAGUUCCUUGUUCACGCAGUGCUCCCCUGCGAGGAUUGUUGUUGACGCAGACCUAUCCUGCGAAGCACCUUUUUACGCUCGCGGGGCUCAUGGCAGCGAGGGAGCACAGUCUUACAUCGCUGGGCUCGUGGCAGCGACAGCCGUGGUCACGGAAGCUCUCAAGCCCGCAGGCAAGAGAGGGACACUAUGAUGCAUCAAAGUCUGAGGACCAAAGU